CCGUCCCGGCCGGGGAGCCGCGGGAGCAGCGUCAGGGCUGCCGGGCCAGCGCGGUGCCCUGUGCUGCUACGGGAGGAGCCCUGUCCGUGCCGCCCGUGCGUCCCCUCAGGCUGCAGCUGAGGGGCCAAGUCUCCCUCGCUGCUCUGAGGCGGGUCCCCACAGUGGAAAAGCGCCGGGAAAAACCCCACGCAGGAAUUUUCAAGCAAGCACCGGUUUGUUUAAAAUCUUUUUGGGGCAGGGUGAAAAAAAAAGAGUAGGAAAAGAUCUCACCAUGGCACCAUCAGGAAGAAAGCAUGGAGGAAAAGCUGGCAAACCAGCACAGGAAGAUCAGACCAUACCUACUUUUGACUUUGAGGAGGAAAGAAAAGAACUGAGUGGAUCAGAGGAAGAUAUUAGAGAAGGUGACACACCAGUAAUGGACAAGCAUGGAAAGAAAAGACCUCUGGUGACUACUCAUGUGGUUCCAGAUGAUGUGGGGGGUGAAGUACAGAAUAUGUUGGAGAGAUUUGGAGCUGACAUUAACAAGGCGCUCUUAGCUAAGAGGAAACGAUUGGAAAUGUAUACAAAAGCCUCACUCAAAACCAGUAACCAGAAGAUCGAACAUGUUUGGAAAACGCAGCAGGAGCAAAGGCAGAAGCUCAAUCAUGAGUUCUCCCAGCAGUUCCUGACUUUAUUUCAGCAAUGGGAUGUAGAUGUGCAAAAGGCAGAGGAGCAGGAAGAAAAACUAGCAAAUAUGCUUCGUCAACAACAAAAAGUUUUUCAACAGGCAAGAAUAGUUCAAAGUCAGAGACUCAAAACCAUUAAGCAACUCUACGAGCAAUUCUUAAAGAGCAUGGAAGAGCUGGAGAAGAGCAAUGAAAAUCUUCUGGCUGGUGCCCAAAAUGAACUUCGCAAGGAAAUGGCAAUGUUGCAGAAGAAGAUUAUGAUGGACACUCAACAGCAGGAGAUGGCAACUGUUCGCAAGUCUCUUCAGUCCAUGUUAUUCUGAUGGCUCAGUGGAAGAGCAACUUGUACCUAAGUAACAUGAUACAAGUACAAGCAUUAGAAGGAUGUUGAGAUUUAAAUGUUUCAAGGUUUCUAUUAAACUCUUUCCUGGAUUGUUCUAAUCUUGUCUGUUAAUGUUAUAAGAACAUAUCUUAGUACACUUUUAUUACUGGGGGGCAGUAUGGAUGCCAAACCAUUCACUCUCUGUUCAGUUGAUCUUUAAAAGUUUCAUAUCCACAUCCAAUAGCACUGGACUGUUACAAUUGUUUCACUUUUUCUAAUACCAAAUUGUAACAAGGGGAAGAAUUAAUGAAACAUGCAUUACCCAGAUUUUACAUAAUAACUUGAGGCUUUUAGGUACAUUGUGCAAAUAGAAGCAUUUCUACAAGCUGCAGAUUUUCAGUUUCAACAUUUAGUCUGCUAAUAUAUUAGCUGUUAUAAAAAUUCACAGGGUAUGACACAGCUCAGAUAGAAUUGUUUAAUGAUGUGUAUUAUGGUAAAUUAAAGAAAAUUUUGUUAACUCUUUUGUUAGUCUAGACAUUGCACUAUUUUUGUAUUAGUAAGAGAUUUAUAAACUGCUGUAAUUUUUCCAGAAAAUGUUGUUUGUUUGUUUGUUUGUUUGUUUUUUAUGAGCUUAAUGUAUCAGCUCAAGUAACGAUAAUUAAACAUUAUGCAUUUUGGGGUUGACUUUUUGUAGAACCACUGCUAGAAGAAAUCUACCUCAUUUAUUUAGUACAGGCUAUUAAAAACCUUUAAGAUGAAAUAUUACUUUUUGCAAUUCCAAAUGACUAGCAAUUUAGGGAGGCCUGAGUUUUAAGCGUAAAGCAUUUGUCUUUCAUGUAUCUUGUUACAAUAAAUAAGUAUAAACUAAACAAUUGGCUUAGUAUGCAUGCAGUUUGUUUUUACAGAAAACCAUUAUACCUGAAUAUCUACUUUUAAAAAUUAAGUAGUUGCCAACAUAUUUUAUGCUUUAAUACAACAAUAGAUAAACCAUCCACACACUCACACACACAAAAUGUGAUGUUUUCACAACAUUGUUCCAAAACCAUAUUUUUCUUCUUCAUCACCAGAUUAGUGAUGGCUAACUUGCAGUAACUUCAGCUGUUUCAUUGAAAUGAGUAUGGAAUUUCUUGUUCUGCCUCUGCUAGGAUUCAGGACAGGAGCAAACAUGGAAGUUACACUGAUGCAUGAGGCGAUACGGGCCUCUCAUGGGUAACCAGUAACAGUGCUGAUUUGUAAUUACUCAGUCUUGACCCUCUAAGGACAAUUACAGGAGGCUAUGAAAUAGGUGACAGGUUCUGCUUCAGAUCUUCAAUAGGAGGUAAUUUGUUAGCAUUACCUCCUAGUUCUGGUUUUCUGAGGGAUUUCUGCAUUAGCUUCCUAUUAUCCAUGUAUCUCAAUCAUAUCCUCAAAACUACUUACACCUACUAUGCCAGGACACAGUUUUGACCAUUGUGGAGAACCCACUCAUUUCACUCCAAAGACAUUGCCUGUGUCUUUUCACCAGGAGGUUAAUUUGCUUAUAGUAUUCAGCCAAAGUAAAAUGGUCAUUAGCAUCUUCUUUUCUAUUUGACCAUGGCCUAGGUUCAGGCUAAAUUCAUGUACAGAUGCUGUGUCAUUUCCAUCCUCUAAUAGGAGUAGUAGGAUUCAUUCUGAAUUGGUAUUAGUCACUUUGAGUUGUUGCCCUUUGGCAGUAACUGUUACAGUUAUCCCUCAAAAGGAUCAUUAUAUUCUUCUUAAGCAUGAGGGUGGUGGAUGCUAUUUUAUUCCUCCAGAAUCAGCAGACAAUACAGCACUUUAAAAGUUCCUUGAAUGCCUCAGGAAGUAUUUUUGAAUGAAUAAGCAGUUAGAAAGUUGCAGUGGUAGUAUUUUUAAAACAAACCCUAUUGCAUUCUUUAUUGGAUGGUUCAGGAAAGACUUCAGUAAUUUGGAACUCAGGUACAUAUCAGCAACUGGAAGGAAUCAUGCACACUUACAUUCAACAGCUUUUUACGUAAACCAUAUUCAAAUAGUACCUCCUGAAAGGAGCUUAAGCUUAUAGGGUUUGUGUGCAAGUAAUCAUUUUUUCAUACAGAUAACAAGCUACUUUAAUUCAGCUUUUUUAUAAUGGCAAGAGCCCUCUUGUUAGACACAUUAUGUUAACCAGGGGGUCUAUUCUUAAAGGAAGAGAGAGGCUGAUAUUGCCCCCGAGUUCCUGUUUUGGAGUGUUUCACAUCAUGGUUCAGUUUUGUACUCUUUUGUUUGGAUAAAAGUACAGUGGUAGCUAUGAGAUUAUAGGAUCAACUGUAAGGUAAAUGAACACAGCAAUAGCAAAAGCACCACAGACAGAAAUACAGAAUGGUGGGCUGCAGUGCUGGAGCCACAGGCACUGAAGUUUAUCAAUGAACUUUGUCCUUCAUUUGCAUAGGCUUACAGAUACAAGUUAGGGUGCCCAAAGUUAGAGUCCUCUCCUUACACAGCUACUUGUAGUCUAGAUAAGGAGGAAGCACAAUGAGACUAACCUUACUAUGACCACAAAACUAGAAACUGGCCUUGAAAGAGAGUGCAGGCUAAAGUUUUAUGUGGUAGCAGUAGGUUAUGUAUUUAGAUACUAGAGAAUACAUGAAUUCUAAAGGCACUCAUAACAGCACUUUGAAGUAGAAGAAAAUUUUUCAGAGCUGUACCUC